GCUCAAUCCAGGCAAGCAGCUCUCUCUCUCUCUCACUCAAGGCAAAGACAAUAUGGCGGCAAUUGUAGCAAUGCAACUUUCCCCAUUGCUGUCGUUGUUUCUAUUCAUCCUAUGUCUUCACGGCGCUUAUGGACACUACGUCGACGGAGGGUGGCAGAGUGCCCACGCCACGUUUUAUGGUGGCAGUGACGCUUCAGGCACAAUGGGGGGAGCAUGUGGGUACGGGAACUUGUACAGCCAGGGAUAUGGGACGAACACCGCAGCUCUAAGCACUACUCUACUCAACAAUGGGUUGAGCUGUGGAGCGUGUUACCAAUUACGAUGCAACGACGACCCUCAAUGGUGCCUCCCUGGCACCAUCACUGUCACUGCCACCAACUUUUGCCCUCCUAAUUAUGCUCUCGCCAGUGACAAUGGUGGCUGGUGCAAUCCCCCUCGUCAACACUUUGAUUUGGCGGAGCCUGCUUUCUUGCAAAUCGCUCAAUAUCGAGCAGGAAUUGUACCAGUACUCUUCAGAAGGGUCCCAUGUGUGAAGAAAGGAGGCAUAAGGUUCACCAUCAAUGGCCAUUCUUACUUCAACUUGGUCUUGAUAACAAAUGUUGGGGGAGCAGGGGAUGUCCGGGCAGUGUCAAUUAAGGGGUCUCGUACAGGGUGGCAAACCAUGUCAAGAAAUUGGGGCCAAAAUUGGCAGAGCAACUCAUACCUCAACGGCCAGAGCCUCUCCUUCAAGAUUACCGCUAGUGAUGGCAGCACUGUCACCAGCUACAAUGUUGUGCCUGCCGGUUGGCAAUUUGGACAGACCUUUGAAGGAGGUCAAUUCUAGAUAAAUUGCGUGUUUUUAAGAAUUUCUUCCAAAGUGCGUAGGGAGAGAGAUAAAAUAAGGUGUGGUUGGUAAAUGGUAAAGUGGCAAAGUAGAUAUGCUUUUAUAACAUGGAGUAAAAGAUUUAGAUAUUUUUUUAAUGCUACGAGUAAUGCUAUGAAACAAACUUUUAUCUAAUUAUUAUCUUAUCACGUGGACGUAACAGUGUCGGUCUCUGUUAAAAAAAAAAAAUCAAUGGUUGAUUGACACUAUAACAUCAACAAGAUUGGAUGAUGGUGAGAUAAAAGUAUGGUUUCUAACAUUACUCUUAUGUUAUACAUAUUGUUCUAGAGUGUAUAAUUCCAAUAUAUGUACAUCCAAACCUGGUUGAAAACCAAGUAUGGCGGUUAAAUAAGUGCCAUUUCAUAUGUAUGAAUCAUGAAUU